AUGGGCAGUCUGAAUGAGAAGAAACAAAGAUUUCUUUGCCUUCAUGGCUUCAGAACCAGCGCCGAGAUUCUGAAGAAGCAGGUCGUCGGGAGAUGGUCGUCAUCAGUGGUGGAAAAAUUGGAUCUUGUGUUCGUAGAUGCACCGUUUCCUUGCCAGGGCAAAUCUGAUGUGGAGGGCUUCUUUGAUCCUCCUUAUUAUGAGUGGUUCCAGUUCAACAAGGAAUUCACAGAGUAUCAGAAUUUUGACAACUGCCUUGCUUACAUUGAAGAUUGCAUGAUAAAAUAUGGACCUUUUGAUGGUCUUCUUGGUUUCUCCCAGGGUGGAGUGUUGUCAGCAGCAUUGCCUGGGUUACAAGAGAAGGGAGUGUGUCUUGCAAAUGUGCCCAAGGUUAGAUAUGUUAUAAUAAUUGGAGGAGCAAAGCUAAAGAACCAAGCAAUUGCAGAAAAGGCAUACUCAUUGCCUAUUAAAUGCCCCUCUGUUCAUUUCAUAGGAAAGGAGGACUUACUUAAGGAAUAUGGAAGUGAACUCGUGGAAUCAUUUGUGGAUCCCCUGGUUAUUCAUCACCCUAAAGGUCACACGAUACCACGAUUUGACGAGGAAAGUUUACAGCAGAUGCUUUCAUUCCUAGAAAGGAUUCAAGGGGAUAUCAGUAUGACAGAAGAAAAGCAAACAGAAAUUGCGAAGAAAGAUUCUUAG